CUAGGCCCAAAUUUUUCCGACGCAGCUGACAGGGUCAAUGUCCUCAAAAUGUCGUGAAAUAUAUUUCCCUCAAUUGAUGCCGACAACCUUCUUAACUGUCGCACACUCGUCUUGAUUGAAUCAUCCAACUAAGGAUGUUGAAGAAUACCAGCUGGUUUUUCACAGCUUACGAUUGGUGACCACCCAACACCAUUCUUCAAGUCCCAUCGCAAAAAAGAUGCGACAGGGCACGUGCUGGGUCCUUGACUCAUAUGAAAUGGCUCAGAGGAGCAUUCCACAGCGCCAGGCCGCCAAGGAGGAUACUUGAAAUUUCCAUCCUAGUAGCGAUAUUUCCCGGCACGUUGACAAGACAUUGCAUGCGACCGAAAAGGAAGGAAAAGGAACAGCCACUAAAAGAAAGUGGGUUCACUGCUGGUCCACUGAUGCGCUCGCUGAUGCCCUCUUUGAAUUUCAUUUGCGGAAACGAUCAAGGCUCGAUCAAGGAGACCGAAAAGAAAAAUCCGGAUGGCAAAUUCCGCCACCCUCUGCACAGUCCGCAGCAUGAUCUUUGGCAAAACUGGAUUUCGCUCAGAGGAGCGAUUCCACUAGAAAGAUACACGCAUAGUGCAAGACUAGCGACAGCGCUCAACCCCGCUCACUUCAUGUAUUGCCAGCAUAUUACCGCAGCAGAAGGAGAUAUCGAGGGAGCAUGCUGUCUGUGCAGGAAGAGAAACAACGAACGACCCACGUGUGCAGGAGGAACGACGUGGGCGGGCCGAAAGGCGAGUAGAAACCACGUGCGCCGCGAAGGUCUCAAAAACAGACACGGCGAUGGAAACCCAAGGCGAAGGCCUCUCGAUCAACAUACCUUGAUAUUGGCCUCAUUCACGUCGGAAGGCUAGAGAGAAAGAUUAGUUUCUGCUGGCCCUCGAUCGACGCCAAGAACAAGAUAAUGCAACUUACAAGACCGCUCACGAUGAUUUUGCUCUCAGUAGAAACAGCCGAGACGCCGGCUUGAGCGCCCUUUCCACCGGGUUUGGCAGCUCUGGUGGUCUUCUUGACACCGCCGACAGGGACGGCAGCCGCGGGGG